UGUUCUGAGGUUAGCUUGAUCAAGAGAAUGGCAGAAAGGAAGAAAUCAAAACUCUUUGAACGCCAUCUCACUGAUGAGGAGCUUCUGGAACUUCUCGAUAACAGUGAUAUUGAGUUGGAUGAUACAGAUGCUGACCCAACUUUCACUCUCUCAGAUGAGGAGGAGCCUGAUGUGGAUGAAGCAGAAGAUCAGGAAGAAGAAGACAUCCAGUUUACCGAAGCUGCUAUCAACAAUCCAAUUAACUCAGAAGAUGAACAAGGUAAUGAGUUGAAUCAAAAUUCAGAUGAUCCAUUAUUUUCAAAUCUAGAUAAUCCUAUCACCAAUGAAAAUUAAGAAGGAGGAGGUGAUGAAGAAAUAAUCCAUAUUCCAGAAGAAGGGCAGGGUGACCAAAGAAGAGGAGUGAGAGGAAGAAGACGAGGAAGAGGAAGAGGACAGCAGAGUAGGAGGUUAGACAGACAAGCAGGGAGAAUUCCACAGACUACACAUAGAAGAGGAAGGGGCAGGGGUAAUGCAACAAGGCGUGUGGAAAAAUGGUCUGGAAGAAAUUUGAAUAAUAAUUUCCCACAGUUCAUCCCUCCUGUUGAUGAGCACUGUAGUAGAGAGGGUUGGAACCCAUUGAAAUACUUUUUAGAAUAUUUUGAUGACAACUUUUUUAAUUUAAUGGUUGAGCAAACAAAUAUUUAUUUCCACUUGUCAACUGGUAGGGAGCUGAAGGCUACUUUGCAUGAAAUGAAA